AUGCUAUCUUUAUUGACGAAUUCUAGGGUCCCAGGCCCUCAUUUCCACGUCGUGGCACCGUCUUUGCCCAAUUUCGGCUUUUCACAAGGCUCUUCCGGUAAGCAGGGCUUUGGUGUCAAACAGUACGCCGAAGUCUGUCACAAACUGAUGAAAACCUUGGGCUAUAACUCAUACGUCACUCAGGGAGGCGAUUGGGGAUUCACCGUUUCCCGUGCGAUUGGGUGGCUAUAUCCCGAAUCUUGUAUGGCAUCACACAUCAAUAUGUUGCCCAUUGGCCCUCCGAACGUACUGAAGAAUCCGUGGACUUAUUUUAAGUCCCUGUUUUGGGGUUUAUCCGACAAAGAAAAGGACCGUGUUCAGCGGCAACAGGACUUCCUGAAAAGUGGAACAGGUUAUCUCUUGCUCCAAUCUUCGAAGCCGCGGACACUUGCCUACGGGCUGGCUGAUAGUCCUGCCUUCCUGCUUGCAUGGAUCUGGGAGAAGCUACAUGGCUGGUCAGAUAAUUAUCCGUGGACGGAUGAUGAGAUCUUGACCUGGGUGUGCAUUUACUGGUUUUCGACUGCCGGCCCAGCAGCAAGCUCUAGGAUAUAUUUUGAGUUCGCAACCGCUCAUGAUCCCGAUCUCCCGCAAACUUUCACGAAUGCAUGGACCCCACAUGUGAAAUAUGGCAUCACCCAUAUGCCCAAAGAGAUUGUAGAUGCCCCAGGGCUAUGGGCCAGCGUUAUUGGCGAUGUCGUUUAUGAGAGCGAGGCUGAGUUUGGUGGUCAUUUCGCGGCUUGGGAGAACCCAGAAUUCAUUGCUCAAGACCUGAAGAAGAUGUUUCGACAGGUCAAAUUUGAGGCGUAG